AUGUCCACUGAAGUCAAAACCUCGGUCCUCUAUGGGGCUAAAGACCUCCGUCUUGAAACCCGCCCGCUUCCACCCCUCACGCCAAACGACGUCCGCGUCACCGUCAAAGCCACCGGCCUCUGCGGCUCAGACCUUCACUAUUACAACCACUUCCGCAAUGGCGACAUCCUUGUCCGCGAGCCUCUGACUCUAGGCCAUGAGUCGGCCGGAAUCGUCACCGCUGUCGGCUCAGCCGUCACCAAUCUGUCCCCCGGAGACAAGGUGGCUCUUGAAGUUGGACAACCGUGUGAAUCAUGCAAUCUUUGUCUUCGAGGGAGGUACAACAUAUGCCCCGAGAUGAAGUUCCGCUCUUCCGCCAAGGCGUGGCCUCAUGCCCAGGGGACGCUGCAGGAGGAGAUUGUACACCCCCGGAAGUGGUGUCAUAAACUACCCGAGGGAGUGAGCUUGGAGGAUGGAGCACUGGUUGAGCCGAUGGCUGUUGCUCUUCACGCGCUGCAGAGGGCAAAGUUGGAGGAAGGGGCAAAGGUUUUGGUCUUUGGGGCUGGGACGGUGGGCUUGCUUUGUGCGGGCGUUGGUAAAGUUGUGAGUAAGGCCAGUGUGAUUAUUGCGGAUAUUCAGGAGGAGAGGGUCAAGUUUGCGACCGAGAAUGGGUUUGCGGAUGAGGGGGUGGUCGUGCCAAUGAAGAGGCCGGAGACGAUAGAGGAGAAGCUGGUGUUUGCGAGGGAGGUGGCGGAGAUGGUAGGGGAGAAAAUGGGACAGGCGGAUGGGACGUUUGAGUGUACGGGGGUGGAGAGCUGUCUGCAGGCUGCCAUCUUUGCCACGGCUCCAGGAGGCAAAGUCAUGAUCAUCGGCAUGGGCAACCCAAUUCAGACUCUUCCCAUCUCAGCAGCCUCGAUCCGAGAGGUCGACCUCGUUGGAGUCUUCAGAUAUGCAAAUGCUUACCAAAAAGCCAUUGAGCUGCUCGCUAAUGGUCUUCGAUCAAAGUUGCCUGGGUUAAAUCACCUGAUCACGCAACGCUUCACAGGUAUUGAGAACAUACCCAAAGCGUUUGGAAUGGCGGGUCGAGUCAAAGACGACGAGGGAAGAUUGGUGAUCAAGGUGCUGGUCAAUAUGUGA